CUGUCUCACAGGAUAUGGAUUUUGUUUCAAAUUUCCAGUUGGUCAUUUUCACUCCAAAAUCUCUACUUCGCCUACCCGAGGCCAAAUCCUCAUUUGAUGAUAUGCUUCCCGGUUCUGAAUUCAAACGCGUUAUCCCGGAUACCGGACCGGCAUCCCAGAAUCCAGAAAAUGUGGCUAAACUAGCGUUAUGUUCAGGGAAGAGACAGAUUACAAUUUGUUUGGAUUUUUGGGUUCCAAACGUGCUUAUUAUGUAG